CACACACGUUGCACAACACGCCCACAAAAUCGAGAGGUUUUGGACUUUACAAGGAUGAUUUGGACUCUGUUCAUCCUUGGCGUCACGACGAAUCCAGUUGCUCCAGCGCCCACCACCGUCCCGCACCUUCCCCGUGUGCUCGUGUUCCUCACUUCUCCCGCUUGCUUCCUGCUCAGAUCCGUGGCCGUUUCCCGAUCUCCGCGCCUCGCGUGGCGAGGGACAUUCGAGCCCCUCCUAACUGCGCGCGCGCCUGACGGCCGGCGAGCAGGCCUCCUUCCGCCGAACUGGCGAACCCACAUCGAGGGAAUUCUUCUCUUGUUGGCUGUCCUCCUCCCCUCCGGUGGACCAGCGCGGAGUGCAGGUCCAUCCGUACUUGGAUUUAUUUCUUCGUUUGUUGGUAAGGAAGCCCUGGAUCGCUCGGAUGUUGGAUUGUUCUAAGAAUUUCUUCAUAACAUUCACACGCUGCUGGUUAGAGGCACCUGGUCUGUUUUUGCUGAAGCUGGUGGUACAUGUGAAUAGCAGGGCCUGUCAUCUGCCUCUGCAUUUGCUUCUAAGCAAUGGCCAAUGCAAGCAAACACUUGCAGCCUUCAAGCAAAGCAGGCAAUGACAAGAAGUACCAGGGCACAUUGGUUGCUUCUCCAGCAAAAGCAAUUUCACCUAAGUGUGUGAAGCACAUUGUGCCAUCAAAACAACUGAUAUUGAAUGGGGAUACAAUAAGUCACGUGGCAUCAUUUUUGGUCAAGGUUGUUGCUCUUGAGGCAGUAAGAAGAGUUUCUAAAGCAAGAUGUCCUUUUAUAUGGAAUUAUAUUCAAGCAUUGCAAAUUCUCGUGUAUCCUCCAUUUAGUUGGAUUCAACGGUGGGCGCCACUCAAAUUUGUUGUGCAAGGCAUUCAGAAACUAUCAAUGCCACUGUUGUUUCUGUCUGGCACAACAACAUUAAGUGAGUGGUCUGCUAAGCGCGAUGAUGAACCGGGUAGCAAUAUAGAGCGUCCUGAGACACCUUCUGAAGCAAAUGAAAUUGCAUCAACUUCAAGCACUAGGGAUGUUGCUGAUGGCACAAAGGAUAUUGUGCCGGAGAAUUGGCUUGCGUUACUUUUCAGGGAACUUGAGAAACAAGGCAUCACUUUGCCUGAGAGGUUCACUGAAGAUGAACUACACAGAUUUUAUGUUGCAGCAAAUGGUGACUUUUCAUGCUUGCUCUCUUCAGUUAAGAAGACAAUUCGUUGGAGGGAAACAUUCCACAUACUUACAUUGCAAGAACUUGAUCUGUGGUCUCACUUAGUCUUUUGGCAUGGAUUUGACACUAUGCUUCGGCCUUGUUUAGUAAUCCAUCUUGGACUUGCAUGCUCUAGUAUACCCCCUUGUGAUAUACCUCGUUUCGGGCAAGCACUGGUUUCUCAAAUUGACCAUGGUGUUGUAAAUUUGACCAAUGAAGAAGAUCCGAGAAUUACCGUUUUGAUGGAUUGUCACGGGAUUUCUCCAUUCAGAUUUCCAAUGCAAAUGAUGAGGUCGUUUAUCACUGUAGUUGAAGAAAACUACCCAAAUCGUCUUGGGGUAUUAUGUGUUGUCCGCCUUCCUCCUGUUGUCAGAGUUAUUGCACAGACACUUACGCAAGUCUUGAAACCAUCUACAAAGCAGAAGUUGCGCUUCGAGGGAGAUUCAUACAAGAAGACAUUGGCGGAGUUCUUGCAGAUUGUGCCAGCUUUUCUGGGUGGUAAGUGCAGUUGCUCGCAAUGUGAGAAGCCACGUGAUAGUUCAGUAAUACAGGCAGGCGAAGGGAGCAAGAGCCAGCCUCACCAAAUCAGCGUUGAUGGUGGAUCACCGGUCACAGACUUCGACUUCGAUGAAGCAGAAAUUGUGUCACCAUAUAGCUGUGAGAACGCCAUAAGGGCCGCAAUAAUUGGUCUGCUGAUGGUUUGCAUCUUCAUUGCGUUUCAUGCUGGGAUGAACGACACAACAUCCGUUCCAGCCAGUGUCUGAGAGUUAUGGAAUUGCCUGCUGUCUUGAAGUAGCACUUAGAGAGGUUGUCAGUUGCGUAAGAGAGUAUAUAUAUAUAUAUGUUGUUGCCAGAAUGCUAGGGUGUUGUUUUUCUUGGCAGUUUCUACUCAGUUGUCUUCGGAUCGGCAGAGAGUGCUUUUGGCUCCCAACGCGAAUGCAGAUGAAUAAUAUUGCGUGUGUGGCUAAUGUUUGAUUCACAGAUCACAGCUCAAUUGAGUGCUUUUUGUGUGCGCGCGCGCACGCUUAGCGGGUUUUUGCUGUCAUAGCUCAA